UCGAGGCAGACAUUUUUCAAUGCAAGAUAUUUUCCGUGCAUAAAUUAUGUUCAUGACGUAGUGCGAAAGGCCAAUUUUGUUGCAAUUUAGUCCGACUUUACACCUCAAAUAUGAUUUUGUGAGACACCUCAAGGAUUUUUGAUUAUCUGAGCUGUUGCAGAAAGGGCAUCGUCAUUAAAUAUUAAGAGAGAGGAGAUCCUAACAGUGCAACCCUCCUUAUCAAUGCAAAUACCUCUUUUGUGUGCAGUCACAGCGCCUGUCUGGGAGCUGAGAUGCAUUUUUAAUUAUGUGUGACUGAAACAAACUGUGACAAGGACCUUUAUAAAAGCGGGGGAUUACAGAAAACAAGCUGCAUUUACGCGAAUGUCAGGAAAACAGUGACUGUGGUGGUGCAGCGAACCAUGAACUCCCAGGAUGCCCCUGCCAAAAAUGCCCCACUUACAGUCAAUGAGCAGCCAUUCACUGUCUGACUGCCGAAGUCUUUUUUCAGCCAUUUAAAUCCUGCACUUUGAAAUUCCCUGAAAAGACUACCAGGUCAUUGUGAUGUCCAGCCAUGAGACUAUUCGCGUACUAGAGGUAGAGGUCGAUGCAUCUCUGCCAUCAUCAGUGCCCGAUGGGAAGAGUGAAGUCAAAGCUGAGGAGGGAGUGGCUCGGCCUGCAGGGCAAACUGAGGCUGGCAGCAUACAGGACGGCCCCACUUUGCCCCAGAGCACUGGGGGAGUAGCAGUGCUGAGUGAGCAGCAGGUGGUGUCUGUCGAGGUUCCUGCCCCUGCUGUCCAAACGCUGACUCCUGCUGUUCCCGUCAGUUUGUCCCUGUCGCAGCCCCAGGCCGCCAUGCCAUUCACUGUACAAGGCUGUCCACAGGUGCUGACCCAAGAAAGUUUGGCCACUCUGAUGACUAGUAUGAUGGCCCAGACGGGAUCUCUGGGGCAGCCCUUGCUCAUCCCCCUCAGUAUGGCGGGCUCCAUCGGAGGCCAGGGAGGUCUGGCUGUUCUCACCUUACCUACCGCCAACAUAGCUUCUCUCCCCGGCCUCACAGCAGCCAACACAGCUGGAAACCUUCUCAAACUGCCCUUUUCUGGCCUCCAAGCUGCGACAGUCCUGAACUCUGUCCAGCCCCAACUGCAGACGAACGCUCAGACGAUGUUCCAGCCUCAAGCUGCCGUGCAGGUGACGGCGGCGGCGGCCCAGACGGCCAAUACUGUCUCUCAGUCCAACAUAUCGUUAGCAGCGCUCCAGUCUGCAGGGCUCUCUAUCAACCCUGCCAUUAUCAAUGCUGCCUCUUUGGGAACUCAGCCCCAGUUCCUCAGUUCCCUCACUUCCACUCCUAUCAUCACUAAUGCCAUGUCCAACAUGGCUGGCAUCACCAGCCAGAUCAUCACAAAUGCUCAAGGACAGAUCAUAGGAACCCUCCCUCUUUUGUUGAACCCAGCCUCUCUAGCUGGAGCGGCUGCGACACCCAACCUCCAGGGUCUCCAGGGUCUCCAGGGUCUCCAGGGCCUCCAGGGUUUCCAGGGUCUCCAGAGUCUCCAGGGUCUCCAGGGUUUCCAGGGUUUGCAGGGUCUGCAAAGCUUGCAAGGCCUGCAAGGUCUCCAAGGUCUCCAGGGUCUCCAGGGUCUCCAGGUCCAGACUGUCACCCCACAGCUGCUUGUCAACAGCCAGGGCCAGAUUAUUGCCACAGUCGGAAAUGGAUCUGCAGUUGUAACUUCUGCUGCAGUUCUGCCCAAAGUGGCUCCUCCCCCAACACUUACCAAACCUAUUACACAGGCUUCAGUAACAACUGUCAGCCAGUCACCAAUUGUCAUCGCCCCUCAGCCGUCUGUACUGAAGAAUGCCACCACGCUCUCCUCCAUCACCUGUGGAGACAUAGCAAAAGUGGGACAGCUUGUCAGCAAACCCCAGCAGGUAGUCAGCGGCGAGGAGGGCAUUAAUCUGGAAGAGAUUCGAGAGUUUGCCAAGACUUUCAAGAUCCGUCGGCUGUCCCUGGGGCUCACUCAGACACAAGUAGGGCAGGCUCUCACUGCAACGGAGGGUCCUGCCUACAGCCAGUCUGCCAUUUGCAGGUUUGAAAAGCUGGACAUCACGCCCAAGAGUGCUCAGAAGUUGAAGCCGGUGUUGGAGAAGUGGCUGGCUGAGGCUGAGCACUGGAACCAGAAAGGCCAGCAGAAUCUGAUGGAGUUUGUUGGCGGUGAACCAUCCAAAAAACGCAAGCGACGUACCAGUUUCACCCCGCAGGCAAUAGAAGUUCUUAACUCCUACUUUGAAAAGAACGCAUUGCCAACAGGUCAAGAGAUUACAGAAAUGGCAAGAGAGCUAAACUACGACCGAGAGGUUGUGCGAGUGUGGUUCUGUAACCGGCGGCAGACGCUGAAAAACACAAGCAAAAUCAAUGUCUUCCAGGUUCAGUAAGGACCGCGUUCUGCGAGGGUUCGCCACUGACCCUUUUUGGCGUUGUUGGAAGUUGAACAUUUAAUACGGCGACACGGUUGUGAGUUUUGUUGUAACUAAAAGCCAAACUCUAUUAAAGAGUGUGUACCUUUAUAGAAAAUAAAGGAAAUUACACAUAAUUCAAGUGUAAUGACAGAGUACUAAAAACAAGUUGAUAUUGUAUUUUAAGACUGUACAUGUGUACAAAACUCCUGUGUGGUGGGUUUCAAGUCAGACUGCAUGGUUCUUUUAUCAUAUUAAGUGAUAAUAAUACAGCGAUAAGGUCCUAUUUAAAAACAUUUGGUGAACUUUUAUACAAGUGAUUUUAUAGGCUAUCCCUCUGAAUUAUAAUAAGUGGCAGUGCAUUGAGUCACAUUGAUUUUAGUCACAUAAUUGUCACUUUGUCACAAUGGGUGACAUUACACUGAUAUUUGACUAACCGGCACAGUUCUUGCCGCUCAAUUAUUUUGUAUUCAUGUAAUAUUUGUACUACAUGAGCAGCUUUGCAAACAUAAAUAAGCCCCUGUAGACUAAAAAUAGGCAAAAGCAUAUAACCUUAUUUUCAUCAGAAUUUGUUGUCAAAUUAAUGCCAAAACUGAUUUUGUAAUCUAUGGACCCCUGACUCUGCAACAAUCUUUUGGGACAAUCAUAAUUUGAUAUUUUAUAUUGAUAUUUACAAAGAUGAGCCUCACAUUUCAUAUUGUUUGGCUUUGAUCAAAACAGUGCCCAGAGAGCUUUUUUUGAUGGUCCUUGGACAACAAGUUCUUUUCAAAAUAUUAUUAUAGCUUCAGCUAUUGUCUAUGAUGCCACAACUGUAAACUUUUUUUUGUUGGUAUUUUAUAAUGUUUGUUUAAUUUGUGAGUUAGUGAUUGUGCAAAUACACGUAAUGUAUGUGUGGGUGAAACAUGUGUGAAUUCACUACAGUCUGCCUGUUUUUACACUUCCUGUUUCAUGUGCUGAUAAUACUCUGAGAGUAUUUAGUUUUUCCUCUUUAGUUCCCUCAAUGGCUUGACUCUGCAGCAUUAUUAUUUCAUCUCAAGUUAGAUAAAGUGUAUGUUAAAAACAGGACCUUAAUUUGACUCUUAUGAAGAAGGCAGUUUAAAACAUUCUUGUGUUGCACCAUUUUAAAAAAAUAUUCUUAUCAAGCCAAAUUACUAAAAAUGCAAUUACCUGUUUAUUCAAGAAAUGGGUUUUGUGGUUAAAUGAAUUUCAAUCUGAAUGAGUUUGAAAAGUGUUUGCAUGUGCAGUAUGAAGUUAUUUUCUGUAGGAACAAAACUAUGGCCAUUUUCUUUAUCUUUGCCAAUGCCAAUUAUUCAAGAAUUAUUUGCACUUUAGUGACAAUAGGGGAAGUAAAAGGGAUACGAAUGGUUUAUGUACAGUUCAAGGUUUAGUAGUUAUGAAUGUGGGAUAAUUUAAUUUCUGCAUUUUAAUGUUCUUGAACGGCAAGAAUCUUUGCUUUGCAAAAUGUAGCAGUACUGGCAAAAUUGCAAUCAUCUACUUAACAUACAACAUCUAUCACUACGAAUAAUGUACUUGUAUGCAGAAGAAAUGUAAAAUACUGCAGUUUAAAUGUACAUGAUAAUAUGCAUUAAUCACAUUUUUUUAUUUUGUGAAUUACAUGGUUAAUAUUUUCAUUUUAAACAAUUUUGAAUAAAUGGGCCUAUUUUGCAAUGGACAAUAUUACAACGUUCUUGCAAUACUAUGUGUUUUCCUUCAUGUUCAAUAUGGGAGGACAAUACAUAGUAUUGUUUAAUAUACUAAUUUAUUAAUAGAGUAAAGAAGAGCUAAAUUAUAAUAAUAAUAAUACGAUGAUAGUCAUUUGACUCUGCAAAGCACAUAAAGAGUUCAGGUCUUUGCAAGAAAAGAGAAAAAGGGAAGUUUGAUGCCUUUUGUCAUUUUUUGUCAGAUAAAUAAACCCUGGUUUUAUUAAUCACUCUU